ACCGUGUUCGAGUCUUUAAAGAGUUUCUACGACUCUGAUCUGAGAUGUACUACUAUCGAUAUGACAGUGCUGAGGUCAGCUGCUGUUACAAAUACCUGAUGUUCAGUUACAACAUCAUCUUCUGGCUGGCUGGAGCUGCCUUCAUUGCAGUCGGUUUCUGGGCGUGGAGUGAAAAGGGAGUCCUGUUGGAUCUGACCCAGGUGACACGGCUGCAUGGUUUCGACCCGGUGUGGUUGGUCCUGGUGGUGGGCGGAGUCACCUUCAUUCUGGGCUUUGCCGGCUGUGUGGGCGCUCUGAGAGAAAACAUCUGUCUGCUAAAGUUUUUUUCUGGCAUCAUCGGUUUCAUCUUCAUUCUGGAGCUGACAGCGGCGGUACUGGCGGUCGUUUUUCAGAGUCAGGUCAGAGAGUGGAUCAAUGACUUCUUCCUGGCAAACAUCAAGGCUUACAGAGACGACAUCGACCUGCAGAACCUCAUCGAUUCUGUCCAGAGAAUGAACCACUGCUGUGGAGCUCAGGAACCGGACGACUGGAAUCUGAAUGAUUACUUCAGCUGUAACGGGACUCAUCGCAGCAGAGAGAAGUGUGGAGUCCCUUUCUCAUGCUGCAUCAGUGAUCCUGCUGACUCGGUGGUGAACACUCAGUGUGGCUACGACGUGAGAAACCGACCAAACAGGGACUGGAGCAAUUCCAUCUACACCAAAGGCUGCAUCGCUGCGUUGGAGGACUGGUUACCUGGAAACUUGUACACUGUGGCCAUCGUCUUUAUCGUCAUCUCCCUCCUGCAGAUGGUGGGGAUAUACCUGGCCAGGACUCUGAUCUCGGACAUCGAGAAAGUCAAAUUUAGCUACUGAGGCUCCACCCCCUGGUGGGUGUGGUCUGUCCCGCAGAGGGCGGAGCCUCCACCAGGUGUUUCUGGACAGUUUCUUCAGUCAGAUGUGCCUUCUCCACCUUCUUCUGUAUCUGCCUUCACUUCCUGUCGUCAGGCCCCUCCUCUGACAUUGUUGCUAUGGUUACUGUUGAAUGUGCCACGCCCUCCGACACGUCCUCUUCUUCUUCUGUUUUUAAUGAGCGCUUCCUGCUCCGCACCUCCAGGUGUGUCCUUGCUGCAGCUUCCUGUGAAUGUUUAAUGAACCUGUGUGACCUUCGACCCGAUUGGCUGUUUACCGUUCAGUGCCUCCUCCAUCGUCAUCAUCAUCAUCAUCAUCAUCAGUGAACUCAGGUGUCUGAUCAUGUGACCAAACCUACUUUGUUACCUUUAAUCAGUGAAGUUUUAAAAGAGUUUCUAUUGGUCAUCAAACAGGAAGUGACAGAAUGUGAAUCCAGCUGAGCCAAUGAGAGGAGGAUGAGUUAGUGAUGUCAUCCAGGUGGUCACGCUUUAAUGACGUCACACAUUUUAGGGGCGGGGCCAUCAUGUGCCACACUCUGAUUGGCUGGUCUUGUGAUCACACGUUGAACUUUAUCGACACUGGAUUCAACUUUUUUUUAACGUUUUAUAAAUAAAGAGUUCAGCUGAAUGAGCCAAUCAGAACAAAGUCUGAUUAUUGACUUUUAUUGUGAAAGGAUUCUGUUUUUCUUUUUUUAUGAAGUUUGUCUUUUUAUAUUCAACAAAAUAAAAGCUUCCUCUGAUUUCA